ACCAUAGAUUGCAAGCAUCUUUCACUAAUUGUAGAGAAUUUUGGGAUUUCUAUAAUCUAAUAAGCAACACUUCCACCAAAAUCCAUCACAGUUCGCCAUUCUCUCUCUCUCCCCGAGAUCUGUCUCUAUUGUUAUGCAUAUUAUAUUAUCUCUCUCUCUCUCUCUAUAGUCAGUUUCUUCACACCGACAUAAUAAACGACACGAUAUAGGUUCGUUUUCUUUAUGAUAUACUCACUUGAAUAUGUGCUUGUUUGUGAAAUUUAUGUUUUGAUAUGUUUUUCCAUUUACUUGUGCUGAUUCGAGUGACCAGUGCAGUGAACAUACCAAGCUCUUCCCAUUACUGAAAAUUUUGCCCACUUGGUGUUUGAACUAUUGGUCCACUCAUUGAAGCUUUGAGUUUUGAUUUUAAAAAAAAGGGCUUUUCUUGUAUUUGUUGUGAAUUAAGUUCUGGUAGUUUUUCAAUUUGGUAAUAACUAAUAAAUUUCAGAUAUAUAUAUACGUGCUGCUGUGUUUCAGAUUUUUGGUUUAUUCUAAUUUGUUUGCCAGAUUACUAUAUGAAACGUAGAAUUUAGCUCAAUUCGAACAGACAGUUCAUCCAAUUGUUUACUCAAUUUUUUGAAUCUAAAAAAUUUGUUCUUCUCUGCUUAAUUUUUUACACUUUACACCACACCCACACGCAUAAAUAUUAAACUAAGUUGUUUAGGAGAUCUGAUAAUUGCCCAGGAUGUGGUAGUAUUAAUUUAAUAGGCUAAGACCGUAUUUGUAUGAAUUUUUUAAUUUAAUAACUAUGUUUAUGAGUCCAGAAUGAGAUUCACGAAGUUUGAUUGAACACGUUGAUCUUCGUUUGCAAAUUUGUGCCAGAGUAGGAACCAACAGCACCUCCAUUAAUUAUUGCCCCAUACCGUCAUGCGCAACUCGUUGAUCAUGCGCUACUCAUUGAAUUGAUGAGAACACAGAGCAGUUCAACUUUGAUUAUAAUUUCUUGGUGGAACUAAUGAUCACAAGGUUUAGCAAUGGGGAACUUGAACGUGGAGAAGAAAUGGGUAUUCCCUCUUGUCAUAACUUCAUUAGUGUGUGUUUUACUUUUUGCAACCUCAUUCAAUAUGGGGCUUGCGUCAUCAUUGCACACGAUCAAUUCAAUCUUUCCGUUAUUCCCAUCUCGUGUUAUGACCAAUCAAAGCAGCCCUUAUUAUGUUGUGACAAAGAUUAAGCAAGCCCCACCACCUCCCACUGGGCCAUCUGUUCCAAAAUUUGCUUAUUUGAUUUCCGGGUCCAAAGGCGAUCUGGAGAAGCUCUGGAGGACACUUCAGGCUUUGUAUCAUCCACAGAAUUAUUAUGUUAUUCAUCUAGAUCUUGAGUCACCGCCAGAGGAGAGAUUAGAACUUGCAUCACGAGUGGAAAAGGAUCCCAUUUUUGCAAAGGUUGGCAAUGUGUACAUGAAUGCCAAAGCAAAUAUGGUUACUUACAGAGGACCCACCAUGGUUUCUAAUACUCUUCAUGCGUGUGCCAUUCUUCUCAAAAGACACAAGGAUUGGGAUUGGUUUAUUAACCUCAGUGCAUCAGAUUACCCCUUGGUUACUCAAGAUGAUCUUCUUUACACAUUUUCCAAUUUAAAACGAGAGUUAAAUUUCAUUGAGCAUACAAGCCGUUUAGGCUGGAAAGUGGGCAAAAGGGCAAUGCCAUUGAUUGUAGACCCAGGGCUCUACCAGAAAAACAAGUCUGAUAUCUUUUUGGCCAGACCUCGGAGGAAUUUGCCAACAGCAUUCAAUUUGUAUACUGGUUCAGCUUGGAUGAUCCUCUCACGUGCAUUUGUGGAGUACUGCAUAUGGGGCUGGGAUAAUCUUCCUAGAAACCUGCUCAUGUAUUACACAAAUUUUGUGUCCUCCCCUGAAGGCUACUUUCAGACUGUUAUCUGCAAUGCUCCAGAAUUUGUCCCAACAGUUGUCAACCAUGACAUGCACUACAUUUCUUGGGAUAUUCCUCCCAAACAGCAUCCCCGUACCCUUUCUCUUAAUGAUACAGAAAAAAUGAUUGCAAGUGGUGCUGCCUUUGCUCGUAAAUUCAAGCAGAAUGUUCCUGUCCUCGACAAAAUUGAUAAAGAAUUACUUGGACGAGAAAAUGGGAGCUUCACACAGGGUGGUUGGUGCGCAGGAAACCCUCCUUGCUCUGAGGUUGGAAAUCCCACAAGGCUUAAACCAGGACGGGGUGCUCAAAGGCUUCAGAGACUUUUAGGUAAACUAGUUUUGUCAGAUAAUUUUAGUAAAAAUCAGUGUAAGUAGAUUUUACAGUUAUCUUUCUUGCUUGAGGAUAUGGAAAGGCUAGCCUAAUUCACUUACCAGCACCAAUAUAACCAGUCAGAAUAAUGUAUCUCUUGUACCCAUUUUUGGAAGUUCUAUUUGAUAUAACACAUAUAAAAACUUAAAUUUCGUCAUCUAGAUUGUCUGCUGAGUUUCAUUGCA